GAAUACACACUAUUGAAAGGCAGUCCACUAUUAGUGCUCUUCCCUAUGCGAGAAAAAAGGUUUUCUUUGGCUCCCCAAAUAACAAAUAGUGCACGAAGUCCCAAACCCUGAUUCACGUAGCCCCGCUGAGAUGCCCUGUCUCCGCUGACAGGUUAAAAAACACAAGGAUAUCUGGUGAGGUGCGGCUCUAAGCAGCAGCAGCGCGCGGGAUAAUAUGGUAUGAAAUAACCAAUAAAAAUAGGGCAGGGCAAUGAUAGUAUAGCUGGUAAAGUUUGCAUUUGCAUGGGUAGUGUUGCAAUGGAAUUGGAAGUGGAAGGGUCGGGGUUGGAUUCAGAUGGCAGAACAUUCUCCAGCACGCAGGAAAUGUGGGAAGAGGAGACCGGAGGAGAAGACAAAAAAGAAGAAUGGUAUAAGAAAGGUGUUGGGUAUUGGGAAAAUGUAGAGGCAUCUGUAGAUGGAGUGUUGGGAGGCUAUGGACACGUCCAUCAGAAGGAUAUGCAAGGCAGCAGUGCUUUUCUUGCUUCCCUUCUCCCCAAAAUGCGAGGAGAAGGAGCCCAUCUAGUUGCCCUUGAUUGUGGAGCUGGUGUUGGGAGGGUCACGGAGCAUCUUCUUCUCAACCAUUUUCACGAGGUAGAUCUUGUAGAGCCAGUAUCACACUUUCUGGAGAGUGCUCAUGAAAAAUUGAAGGGUGGCAAGCAUUCCAAAUCAGAGGCACAUAGAGCUGUGAAUUUUUACUGUAUUCCUUUACAGGAAUUCACCCCCGAAGCAGGCAGAUAUGAUGUAAUAUGGAUUCAAUGGUGUAUUGGCCACCUUACAGAUGCUGACUUAGUGGAAUUUUUCAACCGAGCCAAAGCAGGUCUGAAACCUGGGGGUUUCUUUGUUUUGAAGGAGAAUGUUGCAAGGAAUGGAUUUGUAUUGGACAAGGAAGAUCAUAGUGUUACAAGAUCUGAUGCAUACUUCCGAAAGCUUUUCAGCCAGGCAGGUUUACACUUGAACCAAAUGAAGGCACAAAAGGGUUUUCCUCAGGAGUUAUUUCCAGUGAAAAUGUAUGCUUUGACACUAGAGGCACCAGUAAUUGUGCAAGAUGUUUUGCAGAAUAAAAGACCAAAGAGAAAAAUUAAUAAACCUUCCAUUAUCAGGUAGGGUUUCAGGAGAAAACUGGGUCAUUCAUUCUUCAGGUUAUGGAGAUUUAUGGCAGAGGUUAUGGAAAGAUAUACUAUUAAUGUGUAUUGGCAGAGGGCUCAUGUUGGAUUAAGUUUGAAAUAGAAAUGCUGAAAGAGCAAUAUUUAAGUCGGCUGGUGAUGUUUUCUAUUUGAUACAAAUCACCCAAGUGAAGAAAGAUCCAAGAUACUCUAAAAGAUAGGUUUUAAGAUUUACUUUGUCUUGAGUGAUCAAAGAAUCAAGAUACUCUACAAGAUAUGUUGCAAGAUGGACUUUGUCUUGUCUACAAACUUUGAAAAGCAACUUGCAAGCCAUUCGUUAUACUCCAAAUGUUGAAAGGCAACCCAUCGGCUAAUGCUACAAAUGCUGUAAAGCAGGCUAUUGGCUAUGUAUCCCAGAUUUUUUUGGGCUUCGAUUUAUUAUAAGAUUGACAUCCUAAUGCAAUUGUUUUAUGCAUCAUGCUUAUUGCUUCUUUA